GCACAAGCCAUUACAGCGAAGGGAGCUUCGUACGGAACUGGGAAAAGGUUUGGCUAUUCCACUGGGAAUCCCAUGAACAUGGGCAUUUGGCUCCUGCUGUACCUUACCCCCAUGGUACUGGCUGUGGAAGAGGUGCUUCUGGACACUCAGUUGGAACAGGACGAGCUGAACUGGCUGGUGACGCCUGAAGGAGGGUGGGAAGAGACAGUGGCUGUGGAUAAACUGUUCAACAUGAUGCGAACUUAUCGAGUCUGCAACGUGGACAGGCCCAACCAGGACAAUUGGUUGCGGAGUGCCUACAUCGCCCGCAGGGAGGCCCAGAUGGUUUAUGUGGAUCUGCGGUUUACCGUCAGGGACUGUGGCUCCAUCCCUGGCACUGACGGAUCCUGCCGGGAGACCUUUGCCCUGUACUAUGGUGAGGCAGACUCUGACAGUGUGUCCUCGGCCAGCACAGCUGCCCUCCUGAAGGCCACCUAUGCCAAGGCCCGGGACAUCACCGCUGAGCAUGUCUUUGCCCUCAACAGGAUGGGCAAGGUGAACAGGGUGACCGUGCCCAUUGGGCCCCUCACCAGGGCCGGCUUCCACUUGGCGUUCCGGGACCGGGGUGCCUGUAUCAACCUCCUGUCUGUGAGGGCCUCCUUUCGAAAGUGCCCGGAAACCAUCGCCAACUUGGCCCGCUUCCCCGAGACCGUGGCGGGGCCCAGCCUCAGCUCACUGGCCGUGAGCCCAGGCACGUGCGUGGCCAACGCUGUGGAGACCUCCGUUCCCGUGAAGCUGCACUGCGCCAGCGAGGGAGACUGGGUGGUGCCCGUCGGCGGCUGUGCAUGCAGGCCUAGUUACCGCAGCAAUGAGGAGCUCACUGCUUGCACAGAGUCUGAAGAACAAGCAAUGGUCUUCAAGCUGGGGUCAGAGCAGCGUCCUUCCCAGCAUGCUUUGGCCCCCUCCUGCGGCCAUUUGGAAAGGCUGCUGCGAGGCAAUCAGCGACAGUUGGAAGAGCAGGCCCAGGCCUUGAGUCACCUGACCCAGGCUGUGGAGGCCCUCAACUCUACCCUGCUCGGUAUUUCACACAGACUUCACCUGCUCCUGAGCGACCCUCCUGAUACACUGCCAGACCGGGCGAUUGCUCCCAACGUCAAUGGCGGAGAUGAAGAUUGAGCCUCGCUGACCUCACCUUGCCAGACUGCAACACUUCUUCGGGCCUCCAGACGUCAGUGACAGCAGGGUAAAUGAAACCUCAGAGGCUGCCAAAAAUCCACUCUCCCUUCCCUCCUCUCCCCACGUUCACUCACUUGCAAAGCCCCAGCAGCUAUGAGGUACAACUGUCCCUCCAGCGAUUCCUCUUCCCCUCCAAUGCUCUGAGUGGCCAACUGAACAGCAAGGUAACCAUGGCAACUGGGCAGCUGCCAUCUUGAAAUGCUAACAACCUUAGCAUGAGUCCACAUCCAACAUACCCCAAUACCCUACACAGGCUGCAAGCAGGGAAAGGAGGAAAAGAAGCAGUGCAAAGCCAAGGGACUAUUAUAUAAUCCAGAGGGCCAGCUGAUGUCCUGCCAUGGCAGAUGGUGGAAUUUGAAUUCAAUUAAAAUAUCUGGAAUUGAGAGUCUAAUGAUGACCAUGGAUCCAUUAUUGAUUGUUGGAAAACCCUAUCUGGUUCACUCAUAUCCUUUAGGGAAGGAAACAUAGAACAUAGAACAAUACAGCGCAGAACAGGCCCUUCGGCCCUCGAUGUUGCGCCGACCUGUGAACUAAUCUAAGCCCCUCCCCCUACUCUAUCCCAUCAUCAUCCAUAUGCUUAUCCAAGGACUGUUUAAAUGCCCCUACUGUGGCUCAGUUAACUACAUUGGCAGGCAGGGGCGUUCCACGCCCUUACCACUCUCUGAGUAAAGAACCUGCCUCUGACAUCUGUCUUAAAUCUAUCACCCCUCAAUUCGUAGCUAUGCCCCCUUGUACAAGCCAAUGUCAUCAUCCUAGGAAACAGACUCUCACUGUCCACCCUAUCUAAUCCUCUGAUCAUCUUGUAUGUCUCUAUUAAAUCCCCUCUUAGCCUUCUACUCUCCAAUGAGAGCAGACCCAAGUCCCUCAGCCUUUCUUCAUAGGGCCUGCACUCCAGACCAGGCAACAUCCUGGUAAAACCCCACUGCACCUUUUCCAAUGCUUCCACCUCCUUCCUGUAAUGGGGCGACCAGAACUGCACGCAAUAUUCCAAAUGAGGCCGCACUAGCGUUUUGUACAGUUGCAGCAUGACAUCACGGCUCCGGAACUCAAUCCCUCUACCAAUAAAACCUAACACACCAUAAGCCUUCUUAACAGCACUAUAAAUCUGGGUGGCAACUUUCAGGGAUCUAUGUACAUGGACACCAAGAUCCCUCUGCACAUCCACACUACCAAGAAUCUUACCAUUGACCCAGUAUUCUGCCUUCCUAUUAUUCUUCCCAAAGUGAAUCACCUUACAUUUAUCUGUAUUAAACUCCAUUUACCACCUUUCAGCCCAAUUCUUCAGUUUAUCCAAGUCUCCCUGCAAACUGCAACAUUCUUCCACACUGUCCACCACUCCACCCACUUUAGUGUCAUCUGCAAACUUACUAAUCCAUCCACCUAUGCCUGCGUCCAAGUCAUUUAUAAAAAAUGACAAACAGCAGUGGUCCCAAACAGAUCCUUGAGGCACACCACUAGUAACUGGACUCCAGGCUGAAUAUUUUCCAUCAACCACCACUCGUUGCCUUCUUACAGAAAGCCAGUUUCUAAUCCAAACUGCUAAAUCUCCCUCUAUCCCGUGCCUCUGUAUUUUCUCCAAUAGCCUACCAUGUGGAACCUUAUCAAAGGCUUUACUGAAGCCCAUGUACACCACGUCAGCUGCCCUACCCUCAUCCACAUGCUUGGUCACCUUCUCAAGAAACUCAAUGAGGUUUGUGAGAUACAACCUGCCCUUGACAAAUCCAUGCUGACUUCGGGCAGCACGGUGGCUCGGUGGUUAGCACUGCAGCCUCACAGCGCCAGGGACCCAGGUUCGAUUCCAGCCUCAGGCGACUGUCUGUGUGGAGUUUGCACAUUCUUCCCGAGCCUACAUGGGUUUCCUUCGGGUGCUCUGGUUUCCUCCCACAGUCCAAAGAUGUGCAGGCUAGUUGGAUUGGCCAUGCUAAAUUGCCCGUAGU